GUUAAGCGCAGCUACACCUCUUGUGAUGUAGCAGCUAUGUGUGUGAACCAAUCAUCUUGUCCAGUGGGAGUCAGUGGAGGUGAACCAGGCUCGCACAAUGCGGGCAGGGUGACUGCAAAUGAACUAAUGUAGCCUGAUCAAACAUCGACCACAAACUCAGUCAUCCACUAAUAUCCUCAGGUCCUUUGAGGGUAAGGUCAAAUAAUCAUGGCUGCUACCUCCCAGGUGUUCAUGGUCAUCCAUGGCAGGAGGUUUGGUCGGAUCCUGGUGCCAGCCAUGACAUGCCAAAACUGCAGCCAGUCUCCUCGUCCAUGCAUCAAUGCAACUCAGCCACACAGCUUUAAACAAAGAUGGCAGCACCAGGUGCGGGGAUACAGGACCUCACCUGCAUGGCACUCCUACUACUUGACGCCACCUCAGGUUAACAGCAUUCUAAAAGCUAAUGAGUACAACUUCAAAGUUCCUGAGUUUGAUGGCAAGAACCUCUGUUCGGUCAUGGGCUUUGACAGCAACCAACUACCGGCAAAUGCACCCAUUGAGGAUCGCCGAAGUGCAGCAACGUGCUUGCAGACCCGUGGCAUGCUUUAUGGUGUAUUUGAUGGCCACGCAGGCUGUGCUUGUGCUCAGGCACUCAGCGAGCGGCUCUUCUAUUACAUUGCCGUUUCAUUACUGCCACAUGAGACGUUGAUGGAUCUAGAGAACGCGGUGGAGAACGGACGACCUCUUCAUCCGAUUUUGCAGUGGCACAAGCAUCCCAACGACUACUUCAGCAAGGAAGCUUCACGCCUCUACUUCUCCAGCUUGCGCACAUACUGGCAGGAACUUCUGGACCUGAGUGUUCCUGGGGAGCAACCAGAUGUUGCUGAAGCUCUUGUGAGUGCCUUUAAAAGGUUGGACAAUGAUGUAUCCCUUGAAGCACAGGUUGGUGACCCAAAUGCAUUCUUGCACUACUGGGUGCUGCGUGUUGCAUUCUCAGGCGCUACUGCAUGUGUUGCACAUAUUGAUGGUAAUGAGCUGCAUGUUGCCAACACUGGAGAUGGCCGUGCAGUCCUGGGUGUACAAGAACCUGAUGGCUCUUUUUCUGCCCUCACGCUCACCAAUGACCACAAUGCGCAGAAUGAAUCUGAGGUGAAGCGUGUGCGGUCCGAGCACCCGCUUUCUGAGGCCAAGACUGUGGUGAAGCAGGAUCGCCUGUUGGGAUUACUCAUGCCAUUUCGCGCCUUUGGAGAUGUUAAAUUCAAGUGGAGCAUCGAGCUGCAGCGGCGUGUUCUUGAGUCUGGACCAGACCAGCUCCAUGAGAAUGAGCACGCCAAGUUCAUCCCACCCAAUUACCACACACCACCAUACCUUACAGCGGAACCAGAGGUGACGCGACACCGUCUUCGUCCACAAGAUCGUUUCCUGGUGCUGGGCUCGGACGGGCUGUGGGAAACACUACACAGGCAGGAGGUGGUGAGGAUUGUGGGUGAACAUCUCACCGGAGUGCACCAGCAGCAGCCAGUCAGUGUUGGCGGCUAUAAGGUGACCUUGGGUCAGAUGCAGGGAUUGUUGCAGGAGAGGAAGGCUCGCAUCUCCUCCACCUUUGAGGACCAGAAUGCGGCUACGCAUCUGAUUCGGUACGCAGUGGGGAGUAACGAGUUUGGAAUGGUGGACCAUGAGAGGUUGUCAAAGAUGUUAAGCUUGCCAGAGGAAUUAGCCCGCAUGUAUAGGGAUGAUAUCACAAUCAUUAUAGUGCAGUUUAACCCACACGUCAUUGGUGGACCAUAGAAGCGGACAGACUCUUUCUUCCACAUGGUCUUGUUACAUACAUUAUCAAUUUUAAUCUUACGCACAAUCUCAUCACUGCAUUAUCAGUAAUAUCAGCAUAGCAAAAUGUUACCUAUACCAAUGGAAUGUAUUACUAUGAGUGUAUUUUUAUUUUCACAUAUUCAUGGCAGCUGCCUUUGAAAGGAAUCUUAAUGUUCAGUAGGUGAGCGGUGUUGAUUCCCAGUGUUAUAUGUGAAAUGAAGCCAAACAGAAAAAAAAAUUAUGCUGAGCUCACCGCAGACCUACUAUCACAAUUAAACCCUCAAAAUGCAACACAAAACCAUAAAUCAAGACGGGAAAUUUACUAAUAUAGGUUCAGCAGAUUUUGCUCUGAGGAGAGACUUUAUAUAGUGCUUGUGUUAUGCCAAAAUUUGCUUUUAUGUUGUAUUAUUUUAAUUUUUGAAUGAAA